GUGAAGAGCUCGUAACUCUCCGCUAAACACCGGAAUGUGACUUUAACUCUGCUUUAGCCCGCUAUAACCUCAUUUCCCGCGGAUCCUCGUGUUUAUAAGCGUACAGUAUGUCUGCGUCCGCGGUGUUCGUGCUGGACCUGAAGGGGAAGGUGUUGAUCUGCCGAAACUAUAAAGGCGACGUUGACAUGUCCGAGAUCGAUCACUUCUUCACCCUGCUGAUGCAACAGGAAGAGGACGGGCUUAUUUCACCUGUCAUGUCACACGGCAACGUCCACUUCCUGUGGAUCAAACACAACAAUCUCUACCUGGUCGCCACAACCAACAAGAACUCCAACGCCUCUUUGGUUUACGCCUUCCUGUACAAGCUGGUGGAGGUGUUUACGGAGUACUUCAAGGAGCUGGAGGAAGAGAGCAUCCAGGAUAAUUUCGUGGUGGUGUACGAGCUGCUGGACGAGCUGAUGGACUUUGGGUUCCCGCAGACGACGGACAGCAAGAUCCUGCAGGAGUACAUCACACAGCAGGGCCAGAAGCUGGAGGUGGCCAAGACCAAAGUGCCCACCACCGUCACCAACGCCGUGUCCUGGAGGUCAGAGGGCAUCCGCUACAAGAAGAACGAGGUGUUCAUCGACGUCAUCGAGUCCAUCAACGUGCUGGUGAACGCUAACGGCAGUGUAAUGAGCAGUGAUAUCGUGGGCUGCAUCAGACUGAAGACGAUGCUGUCGGGGAUGCCGGAGCUCCGACUGGGCCUCAAUGACCGCGUGCUGUUCGCCCUCACCGGCCGAGACAAGGGGAAGACGGUUGUGAUGGAGGAUGUGAAGUUCCAUCAGUGUGUGCGUCUGUCGCGGUUUGAGAGCGACCGCACCAUCUCCUUCAUCCCCCCUGACGGAGAGUCUGAGCUCAUGUCCUACCGCAUCAACACACACGUAAAGCCUCUCAUAUGGAUCGAGUCGGUCAUCGAGAAGUUUUCCCACAGUCGUGUGGAGAUCAUGGUCAAGGCCAAAGGACAGUUUAAGAAGCAGUCUGUGGCCAAUAAUGUGGAGAUUCGGGUGCCGGUGCCGAGCGACGCCGACUCUCCCAAGUUCAAGACCAGCACCGGCCAUGCCAAGUACGUCCCCGAGAAGAACCUGGUGGUGUGGAGCAUCAAAUCCUUCCCUGGUGGGAAGGAGUUCCUGAUGCGCGCUCACUUCGGCCUGCCGAGUGUGGAAAACGACGAGCUGGAGGGAAAACCUCCGAUCACGGUCAAGUUCGAGAUCCCGUACUUCACGGUGUCCGGCAUACAGGUGCGGUACAUGAAGAUCAUCGAGAAGAGCGGCUAUCAGGCGCUGCCGUGGGUCCGGUACAUCACGCAGAGCGGCGAUUACCAGCUGAGGACAAACAGUUGAAGAGCACAGCGGACACACACACACACACACACACACACACACCCCAGCUGAGGACAGGACAGUAGUUUGCUGUUUUGGAAGGAAGUUUUAAAGUUGUUUAUGUGUGUAAUUAAUCUAUUUAAUCCGGUCGGAGAUUUUCAACAGGAAGUAUAUGACUGUAUGAUGACGCUGAAUGUAAACAGACGAGCAUUUCAGGCACUUCUGCACCAAAUUAUGAUGAACUUGUCUGUCAUUUCUGUUUCUCCUAAUGCUGUAAUAAAUCGAGUGUUUUUUCCUGAA